AUGAAGUUAUCCAUCCUUACUCUUGCUGCCGCUGUUCCGGCUCUUGCCGCCACAGUUCCUGCUUCUGCUGAUACUGCUGAAGUCAAGCGCGCCAGUUGCAAGUUGACCCUCCAAUGGAUUUCCAACUGGAGUGAGGCUGCCUUGAGAAGAUAUCGAGUGCAACUUAUCACAAGCCCCCGAAACGAUGCCCAUCUCGACAAGUAUUGCAAUCUCUUCAAGCAGAGUUCUUCUGGGUAUCAGAACCUGCAAUGCUUCUGGACAGAUGGAAUGUAUGUGAUUGAUGAUAGUCAAGGCGAAGGGUCUCCUGGUCAUGAUUUGUAUCUGAAGGAUUUCAACAGUGCAGCUCAUUAUUUCGAACUUAUCACUGGCUGCGAUACUGUUCGAAACCUCUAG